AGUCUCUGUGCGUAGGUACUACCAGUCCGAGAGAGACUUCUUUUUGUUUUGAUCAAGUUGUGUUUUAAAAAGUACACGCCCAGCUCUGGUUGUUUGUAAUCCGGUGUAUUCGCAUUAAUAUCUUUAGACUUGGGCUAUUUUGAAAUAAAAUAUACGAAUCAAAAGAAUUCAAUUAAGUUAACAUUAUUUUGAAAACAGAAAGUGAUUCAACAUGAAUGAAUACAGAAGUGAAAAACGUCUAGCAUAUCUGUACCCUCUUAUCGGCGCGUUAUCUUUUAUCUGCUGCAUUUCAACGGCAGUUGCAUGGCACCACUGGCGGUAUGUGCUGGAUACCUGUGUAGAAACCAAUUGUGGAUGCAUUCUGAAGGGACUCUCGACUCCUACCUACUUUACGGGUGGCCACAUAGCUUACUGCCACUGGGCAACGUAUGGGCUAGUAUUUCCCAUACUUUUUUGCUCUAUAUUUGGUAUCUUCCACGUAUUUCGAGUAUGUUGCGGUAGACCUAGGAGAAAUACUUCGACGGCCACGGUGCGUCAAAGAUCCGGCGAAAUAAUCCUCAUGACAACUAAAACCGAUGUUACGGACGAAACCGACAUAAGUCCCUACUAUUGGAUUCCUGUGAGCAUUAUUGGCAGUUUCAUGGCUUUGUUCACGCUGGUUCAUGCGGCAAUGUACUUGGACGGGUUUCUGUAUAGCUGUAAGCAAUAUCGCAACGAACUGAUCAAGUACAUGCAUGCUAGUGGCCCUCUGGUAGCUGCCAUUCAAGGCCGACUAUCUUGUGCAGCAGUUUUCGAUUUCAUGGACUAUUUACAUCAGGAUGUUUCCUGGGAUCGACGUCGUGAAGGGCGAAUCAACACAGCUGCAGCACUGAUUAUAGGGCUCAUCUGUUCGUGGACUUGUAUCGCCCUCUGGAUUUGGACAGUGGUUAUUGCAGCUCAACGCGCAAGAGCAAGUCGACGCGUAAGGGUUUAAAACUAGAAUAAGCACAUACAACUACAACGUUGCAACGUCCAUUUUUAUUAGUAAUAAGUUAAGAAUUAUGGGUAUAAGCAACAAUGUAGAAUUAAGCUGUUUCUAGACAUGUUUUUUUCCUUGGUGGAUCUUCAGUAUUGAUGCGAUCAUGUUUUGGUUGGCAUUGUUAAAUGAAAGCUAAUUAACUUCAUUAAGAUGGAAAAGAAAAAAAUAGCCAAAACAAUUAUAAUCAUAAGAUUUGCUUUUAUCAUGCCUUUUUUCGACACUUACCUGCUACGUUGCUACUACCUGUAACUUUAUUCGUACAAUCGUUGGAAAGAUUACGAUAUAAAUACGUACGUACAUCAAAACAAUUUUCAAACCACGUUUCGUGUAAUUAUAAUUAAUUAGAAAUAAGCUUCUAUACCUGAUAAAUUUCUAGAAAGACGAACGUAAGAAUUCUAAGUACAAUCCCUUCGCACGCACAUGUCAAAUUGUCUAGUUGUCAAAAUCCCAAAAUCAUAACGAAAACUAACGAGAAAAUAGUGAAUUAAAGUUCUAACUAAAUACAUUCUCUUAUUGUGCAUUCCAUCGAUAUAUGCAAAAUUGUUAAUUGUUCUAUGGUAUGUCCCACAUGUUUUGGUUUCGUUUAAAAAAUUCCAAAAGCUAUAUACAAUGUCAACUUGAGAAUAGGUUCUACGACGAUUGCUUUAAUGAUAAUCAAAACAAUUUCUAUAAAAAAAACACCCAAUGAGAUUUUACUUAAUGAAAACAUGACAAAAUUUGAAACUGUCAUUCAUACAAGUAGACUCAAUGAGAAUAUGUUCAUUCAUAUCCGCAAGCAAUUCAUAAGCAGAAUAUAUAUGAGAGGUACAUUAUUUAAUAUUAAAGUGGUACAAGAUGACUUCAUUAAAUACAUUCCAGCAAUUUGAUUACGAACAAUACAGGAAACGAGUGCCUUAAACAACAGGUUUCAACAUUGUUUAAACAAAACAUCGUAUGAUGGUAUUUCAUCGUUUAAAUAUGAUAAGUAAUUUUAUUGAAAACAAAAAGUUUAAAAUGCACUACAUUAAACCUAUUGUGAACAUUUGUGGUUAGGCAAAAAAUUAAA